AUUUAGAAAUGUCAUAUUGUGUCCUAGUGAGAUAAAGUCAGCCACAGCUAAACGUACUUUUUCAUCCGAGGCAUGAUGUAAAAUGGUCCUGGUAUGUCCGGGUAUAAUGUGAGCAUCCUGGUGUCAGAACCACCUCUUUAUCAGCUACAAGACAACGGUUACACCGUCAUAUGGGCACCUAUCCUCUUCGCCACCGUUAUUGCGCUCAGCCUGGUGGGGAUUCUGGUGCCCUUAUGGGAGUUCCUUUUUCAGAGGAAGCCGUUGGGGGGCCACAUCAGUGUUGUUUCACUGUUUGAUGAUGGGGCUGAACUGGAACACGUCAGCGAAAUAAACCCCGAGAUAAAGUUAGAGCUAGCAAGGAUGCUGGACCAGCCCUGUCGAGGUGGAAAAGGCUGGAGGGAGCUAGCCAACGAGUUGGGCUACCAGUACGAGAUCAAAGCUAGAGUGGGAGGAGACGAUGCUUACUUGAUAAGCCCUACAGUAUCCCUCCUUAACAGAUGGCAGUUCACCAAUACCGCCACCGUUGAGAAUCUCCUUAAGUCCCUGCACUCAAUUGAGCGGAGCGACUGCGCUUGCCUCCUGGAGACGAAAUACAACGUAAUAUUAAUUGAGUGUCUCACUACCGUAUAACCGAAAGGGUCGCCGCCCAAAACUGAGAUUCCUUUCAAAGUCUAUACCCACGUGGGACUAAUAAUAAUUUUUAUUCAAUGCUGGGUGAAGUCAUGAAGUACGAAGUAUCUUGUGAACCUCCCCUGGAAUUCAUUAACUGUGAAGUGACUUAACGUGCUUAACUCAUAGCGAGGAAGUUACCCAUAUUGAGUGCUAAUUUGCUAUAUGUAAAAUAUAGCCAUCCGGCUCCAGUCUCAGGACAUUUCCAGCCAAGUCUAAUCAGUAGGAUGUACCAAAAGCUCUGCAAAAAUGCCGGCAGAGUAGCAACUUGACUGCCUUCUUAUAAAAAUAGUACCAUCACAAUAUUUAACGAUAACCGCCACUGGCCAGGGUGUGAGGUGAGGAAAUAUUUCAAGAUUUCUUUCGGCGUUUAGCCAAAACUUUUGUAUAUGAGAAGAUAAAUUUAAUUACAUUUUGAUCUGCAAAGACAAAAUGAUUAAAUGAUAUGACAAGUUGAAUUGAAUUACAUUUUGAUGUGAGAUUGUUUCGUUUGAUGGAUGACACUUUUGUCUUGUUAACUUUUUUAAUGAAUUUAAUAUGAGAAAAUACCGGAGCAGUGAUCCGGACUAAUGUGGAAUUAUGGAACUCUUACAAUGAUCCUUUCUUUUCUCUUCCCUAGGGGAUUGACUAGUCGUGAAUUAUAUUCUUCAGAAGUGCAUACAAACGUUCAAGAGAUAUUAAACAGAUAAUAAUAAGGGGCGGUCUAAGUGAUAGAUGUAAGAUCUACCUACUUAGAAUGCUGACAAAAUCGGACGUUAAAUUUUAGUAGUAUUUAGAUACGGACACCGGAGGUUAUUUGAUUCUUUACCGGUCGUGUGCUAGGUACAGGUAUUUGUAAAAUUUGUCACGUUGAGAUUUUUGGUAUUUUUAUGCACUUUAAGACUUUGUCGAUGGGAAUUUGGCAUAAUCUAGGUUUCAGUUUUUAGAUUUGGAGUUCCGGAAAUUUUUUGCGCCCAGUAUUUUGACGACCAGCACGCACUUCAAGACUGAACGAUCGGGAAUUCGGCAUAAUUUGGGUUUCAAUCAAUAAUAUUAAGUUCCGGAACUUUGGUGUGUCCUGUAAUUUACCAUUACUAAGUCUUAAUCCAUCAUUCUUCUGUGACAACAUAAAAGGACUCGUUUAAAGAUUCAAGUUAAAAAGCAGAUUUAUAUUAAUAGCAAUGUUAAUAACGAAAGUUUGGAAAACAAUUCAUUUUCCGGCAUUUACGGCAUUAUGAAAUACUUUGGCAAAGUUUCAGUUUAAUCUGAACUCAUCUUUGCACGGAUAACAAGGUCAAAGAAUGUCAAUUAUUUAUUAUAUCCGUGGAAUGUUCCGCAACAUGUCACAUUAUUUCCAUGUAAUGAAACUGUUUAAUUAUUUGUUAUACUAUGUAAAACACUCCUCUACCGCUAACUAACAACAGAAUAAAAUAACCGCCCAGAAUUCCCGUUUACUCAGUCUUACGCUUUUCGUCAAUCUGAUCUGAGUUGAGCAAUAGCACGCCAGCGAUUAUAAAACUGAUUCCCAACCACCAUGAGAGGGACAAAAUCUCUCCAAAUAAUAUCCACCCAGCAAAACCGGAAAAGAGGAAG